GUCCAGUCUCGCUGCUACUGUCUGUAGGAUUUUUUGUGACUUAUUACACCAUCUGUUGUUGAAAGAAAUCAAUAUUGGACGCACAGUGACGUAGAAAUUUGUCAAACCGUGUUUCUUGUUUCUCCUAUUCGCCACUAGUGGCACUUUUGUAGGCGAGUUUAGCGACGCGUCCUCAAACAAAAUAAUUUGUGGCGCUAAUGUCAUACAAUAGGAGUUGUUUGAGGUAGUGUUAUUAGUGAUAGGUUAUGUAGCAAAAUAUAGUUUUAGGUGUGGUGCUGUGAAACAAAACGUUUAAAAUGGAGAAAAGAAAAAAUUCGUUAAGUGCUGUAAGAAUGUGUCGCUUUUGUCUGACACAAAACGAAUCUUUGAGAAGUUUGUAUGAUAGAAACCAAACAUCAAAAAAUUCUGUAAAUCUUAAUCUAAAAAUAUUAUCAUGCGUUUCCAUGGAGGUGUACCCUUCUGAUAAUAUGCCAACAUUUAUAUGUGACCGCUGUAAGUUUUUUAUGAACCUUUUCUAUGAGUACAAACAAAUAGUCCGUCAAGCAGAUGAAACCAUACUUCAAUAUCUCCAGCAUGGGUCACCAAUGGAAAUUAUUACUUGGCCCACGUCCCUGACUAAUGUGUUCCAAAGCAAAGUUGUGAAAACUGUUAUAGAAGGCGGUGCUACUGUUCAAGUAACAUCUCAAGAUAAUUCAGAUAGCGAUGAUGAUGAAGGAAAUGUAUACAAUGUUAAAAUUGGUGAUAUGCCAGAUGAAACAAGCACAGCCUGUGUGAAAGUGGUCACCAGUAAGGAUGAUAAGGAUGUUGAAGAUUCUAACACAAGGGGUAAAGGUAAUUUUUCAGGAGAAAUAUAUCAGGAUGAGAGAGCUUUGGAGAAAGGGUUAGAGGAUGGAUGCUGGCCGUGUGACGAGUGCAACUGUACUUACCCCCUGCAACAGCUGCUCGACCUACACAAGAGGCAGAAACAUAGAGUGAGGACUGUCGAGUGUGAUCAAUGUGAUGCUAAAUUUUUCUCAAAAUAUGACCUAGCAGCACAUCAGCUGCGACACACCGAUGAGAUGCCUUUCCAGUGUAUUGCCUGUGGCAAGAAAUUCAAACGACUGAUACUUCUUAAGCGUCACGAAAAACAUAUCCAUUCGGACUUACCUCAACAAGUAUGUCCGAACUGUCCAGCCUCAUUUUUGUCAAUAGAAGAGCUGGAGGCGCAUCAAAAAAGACACAUUCGCGUUCAACGCCCUUACGAUUGCUCCAUUUGUGGGAAAAAAUUCCACGAGAAAUCAACCCUCCAAAGGCACAAAGACGUCGUCCACAACAAGACUCCAACAUUCUGCUGCGAGUACUGCCCGGAGCGUUUUGUGUCGAUAGCCAAACUAGCGAGGCAUGUCCGCUCACACGCCGGCGAUAGACCGUACCCUUGCAAGUUUUGCGAUAAGUGCUUCACGAAAUCUCAUCACUAUACCAGACACCUGCGCCUCAAGCACCGCGACACAGUCCGUGUCCGAGCUGGGCCUGAGGUGGAGACCCUCCGCUGCGAACAGUGCGACGAUACGUUUUCGUCUCAAGACGACCUCAUCUACCACUCCGCCAUACACGCCACUCAGAACCUCACGUGCCCGCUGUGUCAGGAGAAGUUCGAGGAUGUCGACGCCGUCACCGCGCACAUCAAGACCCACGUCAACGGUGUGGAAUUUAUGUGUGACUUCUGUGAGCUUGUUUUUACAACAAAAGAAAAAUUGAACAACCAUUUAAUGAAAGCACAUGAAGAUGAAAUGCAGGAUGAUAUGAGUCAUGAUGAAUCGUCGAUGGAAAAUCAGGAAGAAGAUGAUGAAGAUGAUAAUGAAAUAAAUGUUAAAGAUGAAGGUGACCACAUGCUCAUCGAAAUUAAGAAACCAAAUGAAUUUUUGAUUGACAACACUAAAGAAGUAGUAGACAAGCCUGACAUCACUAAUUCAGAAGAGAGUGAAUCUGAAACUACAUAUGCUGAGCUAUCAACAGUCAACACAAUGGAGAUACUAAAAAAAGAUCCCCCAAUAGUACAAGAGAAGCCAGCUGCUAAACCAGUUGUUGUCUCGGUAAAGACAGACCCAGUUAAAAUAGCUGUUGCAAAAGAAAGCAAGCCGAAUGACAAUCAGACAGCAAGCAUAUUGCGUAGAGCCGAGGAAAUGAAACGUAAAGUAGUACAACAAACAUUAGAUUCAGUGGUUGAAGUCAAGGACAAACCAGUUACUAAAGUGGAAACAACUAACACAGGAGGAACGAGCGAUAAAUCUUUACGUUUACUGGAGAAAGAACUGCAGGAUCUCAAAAGGACAAACAGUCGCACUGAAAUAAUCAAGAAUACUCCAAAAUCUUUAGAACCUAUUAGAAACAAGAGGCCGCAGCAAGUUCACACUUCAACACCGAAGUUAAGAAUGACUGAAGAAAAGAAGUUGCCUUUUCGAAACAAAUCGCCGGCUUUUGAUAAGAAACAACCGGAGAAGCGCAUGAUAACCAAAGAGAAUAAAGAACCGAGGGAAAGUAAAGAAAUUAAAAAUAAUAACGGAAACAAUAAGGAACACAAGGAUAAAGAUACAGAUAAGGAUGUUAAAGAUAGAGAAAUUAAAGAUAAAGAUAUCAAAGAUAGAGAAAUUAAAGAUAAAAAUGUCAAAGAUAGAGAAAUUAAAGAUAAAGAUAUCAAAGACAGAGAAAUUAAAGACAAAGAUAUCAAAGACAGAGAAAUUAAAGAUAAAGAUGUCAGAGAUAGAGAAAUUAAAGAUAAAGAUAUCAAAGAAAAGGAAACACCAAAGAGUGUAAUUAAAAAUGGAUCAAAUAGUGAUAAGAGUAAUUCAGAAGAGGGUAUACGAAGAUCGACAAGGCCAUCAAAGAUUAAGAACUACGCGCAAAUGAUACGUGACAGAACCCAAGUUGAAGACAAUGAUGAAACUAGUGAAGAUGACGAUGAUUAUGAGGAACCGCAUAAAAGUUUAGAGUCUCGUCUCAAAUCUCGACGAUCGAGUCAGACAUCGAAGCCAGCUAAGCAGGUGAAGCAGAAAACUCCAGUAACAGCAACGCCGCGCAAACGAGGUCGACCAAGAAAAGUUCCGAUUGAAGUUCCCGCAAAAAUAAGGAAAGAGAGCAGUGAAGAAGCAGACGAUAGUAAAAAAGAGGAUACAACAGAACUAGACGACACUUCUAUUAACAUGGAAACUGAAGUCUCAAAUAGUGUAAAUGACAACAAUAGGAACGUCAGUAAAAUACUGCCAGAACAAAAGGUUACUCCAAGUGAUGUCCUUGUCUCACCUACUGGACAAACUUUGAAAAAGGUACCCAUAAAAGCCUUACCACCAGGAGUGAAACCUUUGCCUCUCCCUGUUAAUGCAAGACCUAUGGCGACUGGAGAGCUGUGUGAAAUGCAAAUUGGAAAGAAGCUUGUUAAGGUGCAAAAAAUAGUAAUGACAAAAGCCGAAGUCGAAGCUAUGGCUAAGAAAGGCCUUGUUGAAAUGAAGGAUGGAACAAUGGUGUUGAAACAAGGCAUAAAACUUCCUGCCACAGAUCCUGUAGCUAUUAAGUCAACUUUAGUUGGAGAUUCAGAAUCAGAAAAAGAAUCUGCGAACAAAUCGGAAAAAGCAAUACCUACGCGAUGUGAUCUGGGAGAAGACUCAUAAUGAAGAUUAUUUUGAUAAUUUUAGUUAUAUGUAUUGUUUUUGAGUGUAAUAAUUACUAUAAAUCUAAAAUCCUAUAUAAGACGUUUCUUGUAUUUAUUAAGAAUUUCAUUUCAGCUCUUUUGCUUUAUAUGUAUUUCAUUUAAUUAAUUUAAUAAAUGAAUAACUGAAUUUUGUAAUUCAAACUUA